UGGGGCCCCCGGGCAAUAGGGGAUCAUGGGGCCCCUGUGUCCUUGCCCAAACUCAAAAAAGCCUAUAAAAAAGGUACCAGGGGCAUCUCAUGGGGCCCCCUACUGACCCUGGGCCCUCGGGCAGUGCCCGAGUUUCCAAAUGGUCAGUCCGCCCCUGCUAAGGAGGUAUGUCAAUGCACACAGCAGCAGUUGAGACAGACCAGUUAAUAUUUCUGGAGCUAUUUGUAACAUGAAACAUGAUUUGACAUUGCUGACAGAUUGGUUAAAACAGUGGAAACUGCAGUUCAACAUUUCUAAAUGCAAAAUAAUGGAAAAAGAAU